UCAACAGUUUGACGCCAACUUGAUUCUGUGUUCCAGCCAACGUGACAGAGUCAGCUAACCGCCCGGGGAAGCUCUCACCGCUGAGAAACUACACAGAAGGGGCAACGAGGAAUAAUAAAGACCAAGAAAAUGCUGAAGAAAUUAGGCAAAGGACUGUGGAAUUAUCGCGCCAUUAUCCUAAUCGUCCUCACACCACUGCUACUGCUUCCUAUUCCCAUUCUCAUACAGACAAAGGAGGCAGGAUGUGCGUUUGUGUUGCUGAUAAUGGCCAUCUACUGGAUGACAGAGGUGAUUCCUCUGUCCAUGACUGCCAUGCUGCCUGCCAUCCUCUUCCCCAUCCUCGGCGUCAUGAAAUCGUCCAUGGUGGCAAAGGAGUAUUUUAAAGAUUUCCACAUCCUGCUAGUGGGCGUUAUCUGCCUCGCUACAUCCAUAGAGAAGUGGGGCCUCCACCGCAGGAUCGCCCUGAGGCUCGUCAAGAUGGUGGGCGUCAACCCUGCAUGGCUGAUGUUGGGUUUCAUGUCUGGCUGUGCCUUGCUCUCCAUGUGGGUCCAAAACACCUCAGCUGUUGCCAUGGUGAUGCCCAUUGUGGAUGCCGUCCUCCAACAGAUCCUGAAAGCCAAGGAGUCUGGAUAUGCUGGCAAAGACAACCCCGGCCUAGAGCUCGAUGAAAGUGACGACUGGACUGAAAAAGAAAAGGGAACAAAGGACAUUGGGAGUGGCAAGAAGGACCCAGAACCCUGCACUCGUGUCCGGAUGAACUCUGCUUCUAAGGACUGGAAAGAGGAGGAGAAAACAGGAAGACUAGAGGAGAUGAAGAGUGCAAAAGACACAUCGGACCCCAACAAAGAAAGAAAGGGUUCAGAAUGUGAGUCUGAAGGUGCCAGUGGGAGUAAUCGGGACCGGAUGAUGUGCAAAGCCAUGUCCAUCGGCAUCGCCUACUCAUCCAGCAUUGGCGGCAUCACCACACUGCCAGGAACUUCUCCCAACCUCAUCUUCUCUGAGUAUCUCCAGCAAAUUUACCCAGAUUGUGACAGCAUAAACUUCGGAAACUGGCUGCUGUUAUGCCUUCCCAUCAGCAUCAUCAUGCUCCUGCUGACGUGGAUCUGGCUUUACUGGCUCUUCAUCGGCUCAGAUUUCUCUUUCCUGUGGAAGUGCCGAGGAGAAGCAUCUGAAAAAGAGAAGGCGGCAAAAAAAGUAAUAGAUGAUGAAUACAAUUCACUGGGACCCAUGAGUUCUCAGGAGAUCUUCACAGGAGUGGUGUUUGUGUUCAUGGUGCUGUUGUGGUUAACCAGAUCUCCAGGUUUCAUUCCUGGCUGGGCUUCUUUCUUCCCCCAUGACACAAAUUAUAUCACCGAUGCCACUGUAGCCCUGAUGCUGGGCUUACUCUUCUUCAUCGUACCCGCCUAUGGACCCGUCCGAAAAUAUGAGGCCAUGAUCACCUGGAAGGACUUUGAGGCAGCGAUGCCCUGGACGGUGGCCCUGCUAGUUGGUGGAGGAUUUGCGCUCGCUGAAGGCGCAAAGGUGUCCGGCCUGUCUUUGUGGGUGGCUGAGCUGAUGAAACCUCUAGGUAAUCUGCCAGUCAUGGUCAUAAUCACAGUCAUCUGCAUUAUUGUCACCACCCUGACAGAGGUGACCAGCAAUGCCGCCACCAUUACCAUCUUCCUCCCCAUCCUCUCACCUCUGGCUGAGGCCAUCCACGUCAACCCCUUGUACAUCCUCAUCCCCACUACCUUGGUCACAUCCUUUUCCUUCCUGCUGCCAGUGUCCAACCCACCCAACGCUGUUGUGUUCGCCUACGGACACAUCACCAUCAUGGACAUGGUGAAAGCGGGGCUAGGCGUCAACGUCAUUGGCGUUCUUUCUGUCCUGAUGGCUACGGCUACGUGGGGAGUUCCUCUCUUUUCUCUAACUACAUACCCUGACUGGGCACCAACUCAUCCAAGCUUCAACACCACAGCACCUUGAUGAUGGGCUCAGAAAAAAACCUUUGUUGUGUGAAUCAUAAUGAUGUAUGGAGGACAUCACCAGAUGCCCCCAGUGGUGCUUUCCGACAUUAAAAGUUUUUCUUGCUAAAAACCAGAUCAAUGGUGAAAUGUGGUACCGGCGACCUUUUUGUUCCAGUUGUGAGCAGGCCUCACGUGCAGACUCAAACCAACAGUAAAUGUAUCCAAAAUACCUCAUUUCUCACUGUCAUAAAGCUCCAUUCCUGUCCAAAGACAAUUACAAAUGGUAUUCUGGGCAGAGUCACACAUGCUCCGUCAUCACCAUGAACACUGUAGCUGUAUACUAGUUUUGCUCAGUCUCGUACAUGCUGUCGUGAAAUGUAAACUGCUAACUUGUGUAUCACACUGGAAUAUUACAAUGUUGAAAAUGUGCAACAAAUGAACUGUUUUCUGCUGUGAUUUUGUUGCCAAAUGCUACAGUGACCAGCUGGUUUAGGUCUACAUUGUCCAUUGGACAACUUCAGGAAGGGGAAAGAAUGUGAUGUGGACUUGUUGAUAAAUGAGGAGUGGAACACACUGUAUUUCACAGAGGAACCAAGCCACUGCUCAGUCUGACUUACAAUGGGAGUUGGAGAGAUUCUGAGUUUCAGUUGGUUAAUGGAAAUAAAAGAGGAGCAAAGACUGCAUCUAAUUUUUAUUUUCAUUAUUGGCUGUGAAAAAUACUCAUUCCAGAGACUCAUUUAUUCAACCAAGUUUUUAUCACAGUUGAUACAAAAAGGAAAAGAAUAAUGUAAAUAAAUAAAGCUAUUAGUUCUUGAAUUAAAAAAAUAAUUAAUUACCCUUCGGGGAUGAAUAAAGUCAUUUAGAAUUGGCUUGAAUUGGACUAUACUUGUAAAACUUUUAUUGUAGAUAGUUGUUAAACUUGUAUUUAGUAUUGUAUUUAGUGUACUUAGUUUUUUCUAUUUUUUUACGUGUUGUUUUUAUUUCUGGAAAAAUACUAGUCUAGCUAUACACACACGCACGCACACACGUAUAUGGCUUUUCCUGCACACAAAAUGCGCACUUCAGACAUUCUCCAUGCUGCGUGCAGGUGUUUUUGAAUGAUUAAAGCCUGAUAUAGCGACGUUGAAAGUGAAAGAAAUUAAAUAAAACAGCAGUUUCAUAACAAUUGUACUAUUGGGAUGUUUGUCUGAUGUUUGUUCCUUUUUAAAAGCUAUCUUACUUGGGCACAGGUUUUCUGUGGGUGCAGCGGCUUCCUCUCAGUCAUAAAAGAUGAAUGUUAGUUCAAUCAGUGGCUCUAAAUUCACCAGAAAAGCGAGUAUAAAUGUGCAAGAAUGGUUAUUUGUGAGGACCUACAGUACAUAACUUAACUCGGUGCUGGUGUUGGGAAACCUUAGCUACCUCACUAAAAUAAAAACAGUCAACUGUGAUCAAUCUGUGCAUCUGUGUCUCCUGGCUGAAUGUCUUCACAAAAGGCUUUCUGUCCUAUAAAUCAAGACAAAGCUCCUGCGCCUUAGAUUAUAUCAUGUGAUAUGCUUUUUGGUGUCUGGUAUCCAGUCGAAAAAUUUAUUUUCAC